AUGACGCUUCAGGAGUUGUCUAAGGAUCCAAUAGCGCAUAGAUCUUGUCUCCGACUGGAAAGAGCUCCAGUGGUAUAUGCGGAGAUGAAUAAGGACAGAGGCAGAGUCUUUGACUUCAGUCGUGUAAACACUGAAGCUGUUCAUGAUGCUGCAGAAUCAUCUUCUCAUGGCCUACUGAGACAACCGGAAAGACGUGUGAUAGGUGUGGCCAGUGAAGGCAUAGAGAAUGAGCAGAUAAGAAGAAUGGGGGAUCCUUGGAUUGAGGCUCAGAGGGAGAGAAUCAAUGAGACACGGCCGAUGUCUCAUCACCAGAAAGAUGAUGGUUACAUUGCAGAUAAAGAAGAAGGUUUGCAGUUGGAUGCUGAAGGGAUUGGAGGCUUUGUUAUGGGUAGUGGCUUCUCGGUUCGACGCAUAGAGGAGAUGUGUCAUGAGCAUCUCCCGGAUUUCUUGUUUCUCCUAGAGACUAAAAACUCUAGUGAUCAGGUGGAAGCUGUUACAAGAUCGUUGGGUUAUGACCACAAGUUUUUGGUGAACCCAGUGGGUCUUAGUGGAGGUUUGGCGCUUUUUUGGAAGCCGUCUUUUCAUGUGGAGGUUCUAAGCUCGAGUAAUACGAUCAUUGAUACGAAGGUGAAGGCUGGCAACAUUGAUUACUUUAUGACGUUUGUAUAUGGGGAUCAUGUUAGACAAAGAAGACAUGAGGUCUGGAAUGUUUUGAAGACAAUUGUAUUGAGUCGCAAUGAUGGCUGGGGUCUGAUAGGCGACUUCAAUGAGAUUAUGAAUGGAGAUGAGAAGUUGGGUGGACCUGACCGUAUUGAGAGUUCUUUCUAUCAGUUCCGUUCUAUGGCGCGCAGUUGUAGAAUCAAAGAGAUUCCAAGUUCGGGAGAGAGACUUUCUUGGGCAGGUGUGAGAGAAGUGAUAACCAAUGGAGUAAAGGAGAAUGUUUGGAUUCAAUGUCGUCUUGACAGAGCUUUUGGAAAUGCGGAAUGGUUUCGAAUAUUUCCUCGAUCUCAUGUCAGAUACUUGGAACGUUUGGGUUCUGAUCAUAGACCGAUUUUUAUGAGCAUGUCCGCUCAAACUCAGCAGCGAAGAGGAAGGUUUAUCUUCGAUAAGAGAUGGUCCUCGCAGCCGGCAGUUAAUGAGAUAAUAAAGAAGCAGUGGAAACCAGUAGUGCGACCAGAGGGACAUGACGUAUCCUCGGUCAUAUCUUCUUGUCGCAAAAAGCUAGCUAAAUGGAAGCGUAGCGAUCAAGGAAACUCAAGAAAGCAGAUUAAUAAGCUCCGCCGUGAGUUGGAGGAGGAGGAGACAAAACACUUUCCUAUACUGGCAAGAAUCACGGGAUUAAGCUUCAACUUACUCAACUAUACCAGGAAGAAGAGACGUUCUGGAAACAAAAGUGCAAGAACAAGUGGUUGGUGGUUGUUUUCUUCACCUGCUGAUGCUACUGAGCUCCUUCAGGGUAUGGGAACUAGGGUGAUAGAACAGAUGAGCACGAGGUUGACCAAAGAGGUUACUGAUGCAGAGAUAAAGAGAGCCGUUAAAGCCAUUAAAAGUGACAGUACCCCGGGUGCUGAUGGGAUGACUGCCCACUUUUUUAAGAAACAUUGGAAGCAUACCGGUCCCAUGAUCACUGAAGAGGGCGCCUUUGUGGCUGGAAGGCUUAUUUCGGACAACUUGUUGAUUACACAUGAGAUGGUGCACGGGCUGAUGACGAACCCAAACUGCAAGGAGGAGUUUAUUGCCAUCAAAACAGAUAUGUCCAAGGCCUAUGAUCGUGUGGAAUGGUCCUUCUUGGAGUCUCUCUUUGUCAAGAUGGGGUUUGAUAGGAGAUGGAUUGAUUGGGUCAUGUUAUGCAUACGCUCUGUCUCGUACACAGUUCUUCUUAAUGGUCAGGAAUUUGGCCAUAUUGUUCCAGAGCGGGGUUUGAGACAAGGAAAUCCACUCUCCCCUUUUCUUUUCAUUCUAUGUACUGAAGCUUUGAUUCAUGUGAUGAACACCGCGGAGGAGAAUGGACAGAUCACGGGUAUGAAGCUCACACGGCAAUGCCCCUCAGUUCAACACCUUUUGUUUGCUGAUGAUAGUCUCUUCCUCAUAUGUGCUGAGCUGACUGAAUGCACAGCGUUUAUGCGGUGCUUGCAGCUAUAUGGAGAGGCGUCGGGACAGGAAAUAAACUUCUAG